UAUGCAAUGCCACUUUGAUAGCAAGUUUUAUUUGAUAAAAUCGCUGCUCAAGAUAAUCGCUAUGGCGUUGCUAUUUACUUAUAAUGCAUUUAAUCUCUAUAAACAUGAGGAGAUAUUGUAUAGCAGAAGUAGCUAUUUAAGCAGAAGUUUUGAAUAUAUUGAGAAGCGGCGCUUGUCUAUUCAAUACCAUUUAGACAAACGAGUUUUUUAGUUUCCUAGAUCAACAGCUAAAUAGUCGUCUACGGAAAGGAGGAAAGCAAUGAUUUCAACGAAAAGUACUUACAAUGAUAAGGAGAAAAUUUGGCGUGGUCUAGACGCGCCUUUAUUGUAUGGUCCAAAUUCUUCGCUUGGAUCGGCACUAUUGGAAGCGCUCAUGAAAGAUCCCAAUCACAUAACGCAGAUAUGUCACCCGAGCGGAAAAACGUAUACGAAUGGUGAAAUCGCUAGUUUAACGAUACGUGUUGCACAGCAUUUCCAGAAAUUAAAUUUUAAGCAGAGAGAUAUCGUUGGCGUUUGUGCGGUUAAUAGCGAUUUUAUAGCUCCUUUAGUUUUUGGAGCAUGGGCGACUGGCUUGAUCAUCAAUACGAUGGAUAUCAGUUUCGAUAGGGACGGUCUUAGACAUGCUUUUUUAAUUACGAAGCCGAAAAUCAUGUUCUGCGACGGCGUAAUAUAUCCCGUGAUAAAGGAAAUCUUUGAGGAGUGCAAUCUUACCAAAGCCAUUUACACGGUCAAGGACCAUAUUGAAGGUGUUCCAAAUAUAAAUGAAUUUCUUAAUUGCGUUGGUGAAGAAGAAAAAUUCAAUGUACCGACAUUGCCAAUGGGUGGCAACGAAGUGGCCGUAAUAUUGUAUUCAUCAGGCACUACGGGUUUGCCAAAAGGCGUCUGUUUGUCGCAUGUCAAUCUUUUAAACAGAAUGAUCUUUAAAUUAGAGCCAAAUGAUAGGAUAAUCUGCUUCAGUACACUGUAUUGGUUGUCAGGUAUAGUAGUUGCUAUUGGCGUCACAACGGCUGGCGGCACCAGGAUCAUAUCGGAGAAUGCUUAUAGUCCCGAGAGUUUUUUCGAAAUAAUUGAACGAUACAAAGCAACUAUCAUGUUCACACCGCCGUCUCAAUUAGCUCAAGCAUUGGGUUCACCGAGACUUCAAGAAACUGAUUUAUCUAAUUUGCGCACUUAUUUGUGUGGCGGAAGCAUGGUUUCGUAUUCUCUCGUUGUUAAAUUAAAACGUUACGCGCCAAAACUCUUAUUUAUAAACGGUUACGGGAUGAGCGAAGCAUCGGGAGCUUGCACCUAUGGCGAAAUGAAAGCGGAAAAUGACGUUGGCGAAGUUGCUGCAAAUAUUGAAUUGAAAAUAGUUGACGAUAACAAUCUGGCUUUGGGUCCUGGGAGACUGGGUGAACUGCACAUACGCACAAAGUUUCCUUGGCAUGGUUAUUAUAAAAAUCCUGAAGCAACCGCUGCUACAUACGAUUCAGAGGGUUGGAUACAUAGUGGCGAUAUCGGAUACGUUGACGAAAACGGUAGGGUAUACCUACUCGACCGUAAAAAGGACAUAGUGAAGUAUAAUAAUUUUCAUUUCUAUCCAACGGAAAUUGAAAAUAUCAUAAGCACAAUACCGGACGUAGUUGAGGUUUGCGUAUGUGGCAUUCCCGAUAUCUCUUGCGGCCAUUUACCCGCUGCUGCCAUAGUUAAGAAACCAAAUAGUACACUUACAGAGGAUGACGUUUACGAUUAUGUUGCCAGCAAGAUGGCACAUUUUAAGCAUCUAAGAGGUGGCAUUUACUUUUUAGAUAGUCUACCAAAAACUCCCUCCGGGAAAAAUAUUCGCCGCGAGGUAAAUGACAUUUGUGUAAAUAAACGAAACCAAUUAUUAAAAAAACCUUAAGUGCGCUUCUAAAUGAUUGUACACAUAUGG